CCUUAGCUGACAAACUCCAAUUACAACAAUUCAUCCCACAAGUUACCCAAUUCUUGAGCUCAGACAAACUUCAACAAUUGCAAAACCAAUUCUUUGCCACCGUUGUCGCUGCUGCUGGUAACCAUUGGAAUCCAGCUACACUCGGUCAAGCUAUUCAACAAAUCGUGACCCAAUUCGUUCCACAACUCCGUCAAAUGCGUAUUGAUUGGGAAGAACUUGGUCAAUCUGCUCUUAAUGGUCUCGCCAAUGCUCUUCCAAGCAUUCUCAUGGGUGCCCUCAGUCUUUUUGGGAAACGGGAUGCUAAGAUGGACUAUGAACAAUUAAUAGCACAAUUGCCAACUGACAAACUCGCUCAAAUUGUCCAACUUAUCAAAAAUACAAACAAAAACAAAGUUUUGGCUAGCCUUCGCAAGCUCCUUCAAAGUUUCUUCCCUGGUUACCAAGGUCGCAUUAACUUCGAUGAUCUCGCUGCAAAUGUACUCAAUCAUUUAAACAGCAUCUUACCAGUCCUCAGUCAAUCCAUCACAAAUAUCUUCGGUUAA